GGGUCUCCCCCUAAACGAGGAUAAUGACGCCGCCGUCUGGCCGUAGCCGUAGCCGGACACGCAUCGAUCCAGCCAUGCGGGCUCGCCAACUCCGGCGAUUCCACAAGCACCUCGACGCCCAGCGACCCAACCACCAAGACCUGCUGAAUUACUUCUCCGCCGCCGUCCUCGACCAAAUAAAUACCCUCAUCGACCACGGUGUCGGCUGGGAGACGCCGGAGGAUGGCGAGACGGACUGGGAGCCUAACUGGACCAACAAGGCUUCCUUGUCGGCCCAGCUGCAGCACGUCUCGAGGUGGUACGACGAGAAGAAGGCCGGCGACGAUGCCGAUGCCGAUGCCGCCGCCGCCGCUGCCGCUGCUGCUGCUGGCAACCACGCGAACCGCGAUGACCAAGGUGCGGCGGCGACGCCACCCGUCCGGCCCAGUUCCGAGCCUCCGUCUGCCGUGCUGCUGCCGCCUCUAUCGUCACUGGCAGCACGACCCAGCGAAUCCGAAACGCUUCCGAGAAUCUUUUCUGGCUUGAAUGUCCAGGGAUCACCUCCAACGACGGCGACGAAGACGAAGACGACGACGACGAUGAAGACGACGAGGGGCACCUCUCUGCCUCCGGCACACCGGCGGCGGCUGCUUGAUCGGUCGCCUGCUCGCGCAACCCAUCCACCCGUGCCGCCGCCCCUCUCGGCCGCUGCUGUGUCGGACGACGACGCAAGGGACAUGGAACGCAUGCGUCAAGAGAUGUACAGGUUCGAGUCUGCGUACCAGAAGAUGGAACCCGAGUUCCUGGCCACCCUCGAGGCCACCAAGGCGGCCUCCCUGGCCCUCCAGGACCUUGCGGACAAGCGCGAGGUUCUCGCCGCCGCGCGGCGCGAGACGUCUGACAACAAGGCCGCCAUGGAAGCUUGCAAGGCCGACGCCAAGCGGGCCAAGAGGGCGGUAGCGACGGCCACGGCGACGGCGACGGCGGGCAGCCCAGGCGGUCCCGGCAACCCGUGGCAGCGGGAGGACCACCGGGACGAGCGUCGGAGAGCGUGGCGGGAGGCCCGCGACGCGUGGCUAGAUGCCCUCGAGCGGGAGCACGGGGCGUACGAUGCCGUCACGCAGGCCCUCGAGGCCGCAGAGCUUGCUGCGCGUGUUGAAGAGAAGGCUUUGCAGGAAUGGAGCCAGGUGCUGAAGAGCCGCCGCCAGCGUUAGUUGGUGCUCUCUCUAUCUAGACGGCUGGAUGGAGCAACAAGUGAGUGACCGCCCUGUCGGCAAGGACAUAUUGCAUUAGAAGGACAGAUGCAGCAGUUGCAGCAAUUGUAGUAGUUGGAGUAGUUGCAGGUGAGAGAGGGCAGUGUGGCACUUGGCCGGCAGAGAGAUAGAUACACACACACACGCACGAGGAAGGGAGAAGAAAUAAAAUAAAAACGAGAAUUCCGUGUCA